AGGCAAGGCAAGGGGUUGAGGAGUCUCUCGCGGACGUCGCCGGCUUCCUAGCUUCUGUCAGGGGAGCCCGGCGUGCGGAGGAGGCAGAGGAGGCGGGAAGGCGGCUGUGGUUGAAGGGACAAUUGCUGACUUGCGGGGAGGAGGUCCGAGGGAGCGGGCAACCAUGGUGAUGGCGGCGAAGAAGGGUCCAGGCCCGGGUGGCGGGGUCAGCGGGGGCAAGGCGGAGGCGGAGGCGGCCUCGGAGGUGUGGUGUCGCCGGGUGCGGGAGCUGGGCGGCUGCAGCCAGGCGGGGAACCGCCACUGCUUCGAGUGCGCCCAGCGCGGGGUCACCUACGUGGAUAUCACCGUGGGCAGCUUCGUCUGCACCACCUGCUCCGGCCUCCUGAGAGGCCUGAACCCCCCUCAUCGCGUCAAGUCUAUCUCCAUGACAACUUUCACUGAGCCUGAAGUAGUAUUCCUGCAAUCCCGUGGAAACGAGGUUUGCAGGAAGAUUUGGCUGGGUCUUUUUGAUGCUCGGACAUCUUUAAUACCAGAUUCCAGGGAUCCUCAGAAAGUGAAGGAGUUUCUCCAGGAAAAAUAUGAGAAAAAGAGAUGGUAUGUCCCCCCAGACCAAGUCAAGGGGCCCGCUUAUACCAAAGGCAGUGCCUCCACCCCCAUCCAGGGCUCCGUCCCGGAAGGGAAGCCCCUGCGGACUCUUCUGGGGGAUCCUGUGCCGUCUCUCUCAGCUGCUGCCUCCACCUCUAGCCAGUCUGUCAGUCAGUCUCAGCCUCGGACGUCCCAGCCCCGGAGCUCUCAGCCACCUCCCCACUCCUCAGUCAAGAAAGCCAGUACUGACCUGCUGGCCGACAUAGGUGGAGACCCCUUUGCCGCUCCCCAGGUGGCACCAGCUUUCGCUGCAUUCCCAGCCUUUGGGGGCCAGACACCUUCCCAUGGAGGAUUUGCCAACUUCGAUGCCUUUGGCAGUAGCCCCAGCUCCUCUGCAUUUGGAAGCAUUCCUCCAGCUGGCCAAGGCCCGUUCCAGGCCCAGCCAACACCCACAGCCAGUCGGAUGCUAACUGGAAGUUACAGCUUUGGGGGAGCCUGGAGAGGGGACGUUUCUAAAACUGCAGUUUCCCCUGAAACUGCUAGAAGGCAUGUAUACCAAUCCAGCCGCAGGGAAUGGGGCUCUGCAAGUGCGGAAGAAACCAACAAGAGCGCAGGGAGCAGCCAGGUGACUCCAUUUGCGGCCUCUCCUCUCGCACCUGCCAGUCAGCCCAACAGCGUCGCAGAUAUGGGUAGCCUCCUGGCGCCCGGAGCAUCACCUGGAGGUAUCCCUAGCAGCAUCUUCGGGGUGGCCGGCCAGGUCCCCACGCUCCAGUCGGCCACAGCUGGUGGAGGCGGCAGCACGGGGCUUGCCUUUGGAGCUUUCACCAACCCUUUCACAGUUCCUGCCGCCCACCCUCAGCUGCCUUCCACCAACCCGUUCCAGCCCAAUGGCCUGGCCACAGGGCCCAGCUUUGGGAUGAGCAGUGCGGGGCCUGGCUUCCCCCAGACAGUGCCACCCACCAGGGCCUUUGUCAGCACCUUCCCACCGCCACUGUUCCCCCCACAGACCUCGAUGACUCAGCAGCAGAAUGGUUCUUCCUUCAGCGACUUAGGAUCAGCCAAGUUGGGGCAGAGGCAACUGAGCCAGCCAGCUGGGACCUCUACCAACCCCUUCAUGACUGGAUCCUCGUCAAGCCCGUUUGCCUCCAAACCUCCAACCACCAACCCAUUCUUGUAGCACUUUGUCCUGGGGGGGGGGCUCUUCCCUGCCCUCUGGGGCCCCUCUACUCCCAGGAGCUCUGGUGACCAUUUGCCUGUGGCAUUUCUGUGGGUCUGAGACCAGAAUGGGCUUUGUUUUGUAGGGAAGGGCUCUUUGGGGAUGGUGGAGAUGCUAAUGCUUUGCUUGGGGCUUGCAGAUAAAAGGGCAGCUUCCUGGAUCAGCUGCCCCCAAGGCUUCCUCCCAUCCUCCCUCCAGCCCCUACCCAGGCAGGAGGCCCAGGAGGAGAGAAGGCAGGGCGUGGCCUAGAGGAGUGAUGAUGUUUGAUUUCUCAAAUUAUUAAUUAUAAUGACAAUAAUCCUCCUCUCCUGCCCUCAGCAUACUUGGUGGUCCCUUCACUCCCAACAGUGUGGGCAGAGGAAGCUGUGGGCACAGACUGACCCACAUUCCCCUGUGGGAGCAAGCCUUCCCCCAUCCCCAAUUUUCCAACACUGGUCUCCUUGUGGACAGAAGCACAGUGGGAAAAUUAGGGUCAAGGUGGAGUUGAGGCAUGGUGUUGACCUGGGACAGUGAUCAGACAGGCUGAGAAGGCUGAGGAGGGGCUGGGGGGGCGCUUGGGCCAGCAUCCCCCUUUUCUUCCCACCCCUACCAGGGCAGAAGGCCCUCCAUGAUUUUGCUUCCCCAGCUCCCUCCCUCAUCCUGGGUACUCAGGAUGAAUAAUAGUUUUACCUACAUACUUAGACAUGCCCAACUCCUGUCAAGCACUUUAGUUUGCUGUGGUGUCAUGUUUGGAUACCAGUGUUUUAUAUUUAUACAUAGAGAAUUUUCUAAUAUAGCCUAUUAUAUAUACACACACACGUGCACACAGAGAUAUAUAUACACAUGCCGCCAUUCUCCUGCUCCCAGACAGCUCUUUCACAUGGGGAGUGGAAUGGAUCCCCAUCUGUGCCUCGACCAGCAAAGCCGGAGCUCCAGAGGGUGGUGGGGAGGGCAGUCACAAGUCCUGACCACCCCAGAGCCUGGGCUUUUCCAGGGAAAGGCUUUGUGCAAUUGGCUGGUUUUUUUCCUUUCUUUUUCCCCAUGUGCCUCCCCCACCCCCCGAAAUCUCUGCACCAAAGCUGUUGCAGGCAAUGUUGGAAAAGAACUGCAUUUGAAAGAAAAAGGAAAUGGCUCUC